GCAAAUUGUCUCAGAAUAUCACUUUCUACAUCAUACCAAACGUUUAUUUAAAGGUGAACAAAGCCUGUAACCGUGACUUUAUUUUGCCUGAUUGUGUCCAUUUGUCCCUUUAGGUGUCGACGAUGGAGGAGAUAACGAUCAAGACAUCUCUCCUGACGCUGUACGUCGUCCUGGAGGACUUCAGGGAGGAAGACACCGACUUUAAGGCCCUUGCCUCCUAUUACGAACAUCACUACCGGGUCCACUUCGGCAAGAACGUCGUCCUAGAGGACUUUAUUCUUCGCUAUUACUUCGACCCCAGGACGACGCACAGAGACAACAUUUACGAGUACUGGGUGUUGAUCGAUUUUCUGGAAGUGCUCGAGAGGGAGUGUAUCGCCCUCUACAGUGAGGAGUUGCUGCCUCCUGAAGCAUCAUCGGAACACUGGAGAUGGGGGCAGCAUGUCGAGUAUCUGCGGCUGCAGAAUACUAUCCAAUGGCACCUUCACCAGCUUGCCAUGACGCUCUGGGAGAGGGAGCAGAAGCUGCAGGAGGCUGCUGGUGAGGAACAACAGGCAAGUCCUGCAGCUGAGGGAGAAGAGGAAGGAGCUCCUGCAGCAGAGGAGGAGAAGGAAGAGGGAGCUCCUGGAGAACAACAAGCUCCUGCAGCAGAGAAGGUGGAGGGAGAACAGGGAGCCCCUGGGGACGUACCACAUCCUACACAGGAGGAGGAGAAAGACGAGGGAGCUCUUGAAGAACAACAAGCUCCUGCAGCAGAGGAGGAGAAUGAAGACGGAGCUCCAGAAGAACAGCAAGCUCCUGCAGCGGAGCAGGAGAUAGAAGAGGGAGCCCCUGGGGAACAGCAAGCUCCUGCUGCUGAGGAGAAGAAAGAGGGAGCUGAUGGAUCACAGCAAGCUCCUGCAGCACAAGAGGAGAAGGAAGAGGGAGCUCCAGGAGAACAGCAAGCUCCUGCAGCGGAGGAGGAGAAGGAAGAAAAGGGAGCUAAUGAAGAACAGCAAGCUCCUGCAGUGAAGGAGGAAAGAGAAGAGGGAGCUGAAGGAGAACAGCAAGCUCCUGCUGCUGAGGAGGAGGAGAAAGCCCGUGGGGAACAACCAGCUCCUGCAGCGGAGGAGGAGAAAGAAGAAGGAGCUCCAGAAGAACAACAAGCUCCUGCAGUGGAGGAGGAGAGAGAAGCUCCUGCUGCACAGGAUGAUGAGAGAGAAGAGGGAGCCCCUGGACAAGAGCAAGCUCCUGCUGCUGCUGAGGAGGAGAGAGAAGAGGGAGCCCCUGAGGAACAACAGGCUCCUGCACCGGAGGAGGAGAAAGAAGAGGAAGUAGCUACAGAACAAGCUCCUGAGAUGGAAGAAACCAUCGAAGAUCCUCCGGUGGUAGAAAGGCCGACCCUCCGAAAACGGGUCAAGAAGGCCAUAAUGAAGAGGCUUCGCAGGGUUUGGCAUUCCACCCAAAGACUCACCUGCUGCCGCCGACCCUCCACCACGGCCUAAAUCCUUUCCUUCCUACCGACCUAUCCCGAGAGCGUAUGUCUGUGUGUGUCUGUCUGUUAUGUACAGGAGGGAGAGUAGGGGGUUGUGUAUAGGAGGGAGAGUA